AUGGCUAAGAUUUUUUAUAAAUUCAUUGUUCAAAUCCUGUGUAAUAACCAGGGCAGCUUGGACUUCAGGACCUUAAAAGAGCACAUUUCUCAGCAUUUCACCGUAGAUGAGGAAUUACUGCGAUCGGUGUUGUUUGACGAUGAGAAAAUCCACAUACAAGAAGGGACUGGAAAGAUCAGCUCUGGCGAAAUCAGCCUGGACAGUCUGAUCAUAGCCAAGACCAGUUUACGUCUGUGUCGGGACAAAACAUGCAAAAGAUGCGACAAUUUACACCUGUGCAGACACUACGUAUGCGGAAACUGCACUUUUGGAGAUAAAUGUAAUCAUUCUCACAGUGUGACGUCACCUCACAAUGCCAGGAUUUUGGCCAAACGUGAACUCGAAGAUCUCACAGAAAACCAGCUGUUUCAACUUUUACUGCAGAAUGACUACUUCAUGCUUCCGCCAAUCUGUUUCAACUACAACGGACAGGGAGGGUGCGAAUCCAAAUCAACUUGCCCUCGGCUCCACAUUUGUCUUCACUUCCUGAAAGGAGACUGCCGCUUUGGCAGGUUUGGCACAUGUAAAAGAGCCCACGUUGUUGAUGCUCAUGGAGUGAAAAUCUUCAAAGAGUACAAGAAUAUUACAAACCUCUACACGACGUACAGAAACAUUCUCUUCCUUCAGAACUACCAGCGACGGCCUGCUGCUGAAGCGAGUGGUGAAAAACCCACCCCUUCUUCCAAAACAACCGCUUCUCUGCCCAAACAAACCGCCCAAGCUGGUGGUGGAGAUGUUCGAUGCCACGCACUAAAACCACCAGGCAAAAGAGCGGAUGCAAAAAAGUAA